AUGAAAGCUACCUACGUCUCCGCAGUCGUAUCCCUAGCCAGACUGUUUGCUCUUGCCGGAGCAGACAUCACCCUGAAUCCUUUCCCCGAUGUUGUUCAUGUCGGCGAGACUUACACACUGACUUGGACCGCAACAGCCAACUAUACGUACACAGUGUGGCUCAUCAUCAACGACGACAGCGACAACGCCUAUGAAUGGACCAAGGUAACAAGCCUAGGGGCCAGCCUCGAAUUCGAAUCGCUUAACGUCAGCUACGAGUGGACCGUUCCAUCCAAGAUCAGUCUUGAAAGCCUCUACGGCCUCUGGCUCAACGGCUUCACCAUACCCUUCAACGGAGCCAGCUACACUACCCAGACAAACUGGUUCAGGGCAACCAACUCGUCACAGAGCCCUGGCAGUUCCGGCGGCGUGACUCCUAGUGCCACGCACUCCGCCAGGCCAAGCACUGCCGCUUCCGAAGCCUCACACAGCGACAAAUCCCUUUCUGGAGGCGCAACAGCUGGCAUUGUCAUCGGAUGUCUACUUGCCGCUGGUAUAAUAAUCGGUGCGGCUCUGCUGUUUGCCCACCGCAGACGGCGAGCCGGCAUCGAGCGCAGGGAAGCCGCCGCGAGAGCCAACAGGCUGGAGCCAGUCAUGCAAGAUAAUUUUCCAGGAUAUGAGAUGCAGCCGAGGACCUCGCGCGCUUUGUGGGGCAGGCAUUCGGUAACGUCUGAGAUGAGGUACGUCGGUGGUGUCGCGGACGUUUCUUAG